AUGGCAACAAACAAUGAUCUGCAAUACACGAAAGAGCGAACCUAUGCACAUGCAGUUGUUGCUCAUCCUCGACAGCAACAUCGUCGAUCACGAUCGUUGGGCGAAGUCUGGCUCGACCAUCGACCACAAGGAACAGCUCCAACAGAUUUGAUCGACAAAACUCUUCUUCAACCGAAGUUCAAUAAGAAAGUGUGUACACAAAAAGCGCCGGCGAAGGGUGAAAUCAUCCGAACAACGAAAUAUGUGCUGACACAUCAGAAUCUGGAUGCACAAGGUGAAGUGGCGACUGACUUCGUCAAAGGUGAUGUUCUUCCAUCGAGCACCGGUGGUGUGAAUGUGAUAUUCAAGGAUAUUGAACGCCUGACAUACACAUCACCACCAGAUCCAUUGGUGUUGCAUAAGCGGUGUCAAAGUGAAGAACGAGUUCUUCAAGAAGUAACAUCAACGAACACACCCUCACCUUCGUCUCGUCAGGGUUCAGCUACAGCACCCAAACGAUUUCGUAUGUGA